AUGUUGAUCACACUGGAAAAGUUAUUACGUUGGGUUCAUUUUUGCUUUAUUUUGCCUUAUUUUAGCUUCACAAUGCUUCCGAAAGUUGGUAAAUUAGUUCUUUCUCGUACCGCGUUGUUAGUGUGUGACCUUCAAGAGAAAUUCCGAACAAAUAUUGCUCAUUUCCAAGCUAUCACUGAGGUGUCCGGUCGCUUGCUUAAAGCUGCUCGAAUCUUGGGUAUGCGGACCGUGGUCACGGAAAUGUACCCGAAAGGCCAUACCGUCCCCGAACUUGGAGAUCUCAGCGGUAUUCCUGUCAUUCCAAAGACAUCGUUCACCAUGUGCACUGAGGAGGUGAAUAGCGCUAUGGAGUUUGGCAAACAGAUUGAUGCUGUCCUACUUUGCGGGAUCGAGGCUCACGUGUGUGUCCAGGCGACCGCGUUGGAUCUUGUUGAACGUGGUGUUCAUGUGCACUGUAUUGUGGAUGCCUGCUCGUCACGUAAUAUGAGAUGGACCAAGUGGUUAGAGCGCGAAUUUACUGACUGGAAGGUCCGUGGUUCAAACCCGGCCUCUGCCACUCGACUUCCCCUGUCUAGGCUUGGGGAACCUGACAGUAUUCCAGCCCUCGUGCCUCCUUCGUGUGGCAUAGCAGCUAGGCACCGAAAGGGUGCUACAGCUGGACGAUCUAUUAGAUUUACUUAUUUUUCAAUUUCAAUGGUCGCCUACCAUCGUAUGAGCCAAGCGGGCGUCUACCUAACCACCUGUGAAUCGGCGCUCCUCACCAUCCUAUGUGGAUCGGAACAUCCCAGCUUCCGUGAAAUUCAGAAACUCAUUCUGCAACCCAGUCCUGACAGCGGACUCUUGACUGGUCUGGGUUCAGUCAAUCCGUUUGUUGGCCUCAAACCUUG